GAAGCGGAAGCCAGGCGCCUUCCGUCCUCUCUGUGUCUCUCCCACUUCUAUGGUCUUCCUCGCCCGUUUCUCACCAGAGGACUUGGAAGGAGGCGGGGUGAUGAACAGGACAACAGGAAUUUUAUGGAGCCAGUUGUUCUUUCAGUGGAAAAAAAACACUAAGUCUGAAGGACCAAUUUUUUGGCACAAUUAAAAGAAAAGGCAAGAUGAGAAGCCAGGAAAAAAGAGAGAUAAAGAAAUCUGCAGUUUCUCCUGCUAUUGAUGUUCAUACACUUCUGAUUACCUGAAAAAAUCAACAGGGAAAAUGAAGUAGAAAAGGUUCCCUAGCCAGAUAAGCAUUGAAGGGAACCUCAGACGACAAUAGAUUUGACAUAAUCCAUCCAGACAAGAAAGGAAGUCAAUACAUAAAAUAAGGAAAAAGCAUCACAAUGCACAGUGAUUGUACUUCACAUGAUAACCCUCUGAGAGGUGAGAGAAAGUACAAAUGCCUAGAGUGUGGAAAGAGCUUCUUUGAGAAAAAUCAUCUAUGUUCCCAUCAAAGAAUUCACACAGACGAAAAACCAUACAAAUGCAUGGAAUGUGCAAAGAGCUUCAGUAAGAGCAGUGACCUGACAUCCCAUCAAAGAGCUCACACAGGUGAGAAACCAUAUACAUGCGUGGAAUGUGGGAAAUGCUUCAGUCAGAGCAGUUCCCUUCGAUCUCAUCAAAGAACUCACACUGGGGAGAAACCAUAUAAAUGCAUGGAAUGUGGAAAGAGCUUCAGUCGUAGCAAUACCCUUAGAUCUCAUCAACGAACCCACACAGGUGACAAACCGUAUGAAUGCAUGGAAUGUCGGAAGAGCUUCAGUCGGAGCGAUGCCCUGAGUUCCCAUCAAAGAACUCACACUGGAGAGAAACCAUUUAAAUGCUUGGAAUGUGGAAAGAGCUUCCAUCAUAGCAAUUCCCUUAGAUCUCAUCAAAGCACUCACAAAAGAGAGAAAUCGUAUAAAUGCAUGGAAUGUGGAAAGAGCUUCAAUCAGGGCAGUCACCUGAGUUCCCAUGAAAGAACUCACACUGGGGAGAAACCAUAUAAAUGCAUGGAAUGUGGGAAGAGCUUCAGUCACAGCAGUUCCCUGAGUUCCCAUCAAAGAACUCACACUGGGGAGAAACCAUUUAAAUGCAUGGAAUGUGGAAAGACCUUCGGUCACGGCAGUUCCCUGAGUUCCCAUCGACGAACUCACACAGGUGAGAAACCAUAUGAAUGCAUGGAUUGUGGGAAGAGCUUCAGUCGGAGCGAUGCUCUGAGUUGCCAUCAAAGAACUCACACACGGGAGAAACCAUAUAAAUGCAUAGAAUAUGGAGAGAGCUUCAGCUGCAGCAACAGCCUCAAUUCCCAUGAAAUAACUCACGUUGGUGAGAAAUAUAAAUGUAUGGAAUGUGGAAAAAGUUUCAUUCAGAGCAGUCAGCUGAGAUCACAUCAAAGAACUCACACUGGGGAGAAACCAUAUAAAUGCAUGGAAUGUGGGAAGAGCUUCAGUCACAGCAGUUCCCUGAGUUCCCAUCAAAGAACUCACACUGGGGAGAAACCAUAUAAAUGCAUAGAAUGUGGAAAGAGCUUCAGCUGCAGCAACAGCCUCAGUUCCCAUGGAAGAACUCACAUUGGGGAGAAAUCUUUUAAAUGUAUGGAAUGUGGAAAAAGUUUCAUUCAGAGCAGUCAGCUGAGAUCACAUCAAAGAACUCACACAGGGGAGAAACCAUAUAAAUGCAUGGAAUGUGGAAAGAGCUUCAGUCACAGCGCUCAGCUGAGAUCACAUCAAAGAAUUCACACUGGGGAGAAACCAUAUAAAUGCAUAGAAUGUGGAAAGAGCUUCAGCUGCAGCAACAGCCUCAGUUCCCAUGGAAGAACUCACAUUGGGGAGAAAUCUUUUAAAUGUAUGGAAUGUGGAAAAAGUUUCAUUCAGAGCAGUCAGCUGAGAUCACAUCAAAGAACUCACACUGGGGAGAAACCAUAUAAAUGCAUGUAAUAUGGAAAGUGCUUCAGUCAGAG